AUGGCCCAAAUGGUGCCGCUAAUAUCUCGGCGAGCAUGUCUGCGGGCGGUGGGUGGGCCAAGAAUCAUCCAUGUUUGGCCAUGGUCCCGCUCGAUCCAAACUUCGGCCUGUGUCAGCGCUUUCAAGGACAUUUUUAUCAAGGAGGGCGAUCUGAAUAAACGCCCUUCCCAAUUGGAAAUCCAGCAUAAAGGCUUGCCGGAAAACACGCCCACUUUAGCCGAGCGGUUAAGGCGCGGUUCGAGCUCGCCUUUUUACAAUCCUGAUCCCAAGGACGGUUAUUACAAGGGGAAAACCGGAACGGUUCGAGAUUACAUGGAGGAUGUUCAUUUGGGCGAAAUCUUUCGCGAAGGUUUCCAACAAAUCCGGAAAGAUCUAUCCAUGCUCAAAGACGAGAUCCUGGCCGAUCCCUGUGAAAUGGUUCCCAAUGAAAAUGAGUAUCGGCCAUUUUGGUGCUUCAAACCCGACGAGGAUUUGCAAGAUCAUUGGGUGACCACGUGUGAUUCGGAUUGGGGCGAGGGUUAUAGUAAGUGCGAGCUGACCCGCUCCAAAACGGGGCGUGGUUAUUUCAGCGGCGAAUUAAGCACCCGGGUGCCCAAAGAUGGGCGGAUCGUGCGCUCGGGUUACUGCAAUCUCCGGACGGCCAUCAUCCUCCGUUCGUUUGCUCGUCGGGCUGAAUUGAAAUUCCAAUAUUACACUGCGUUUCGGAUUCGCAUCCGCGGCGACGGUCGCCCUUAUUAUAUGAAUGUCCAUUUGAACAAUCGUUACGAUAUCUACUACAACGACUUGUGGUCCUUUCCCAUCCACACCCGAGGGGGACCCUAUUGGCAAGAAGUCACGAUCCCGUUCUCCAAGUUCUUCUUAUCGGUCAAAUCAUUCUUGAUGGACGACCAGGAACGAUUCGAUUCCACUAUUGUCAAUGGUGUGAGUUUUACCCUUAAGGACGAUGUGGAUGGACCUUUCGCUUUGGAGGUGGAUGAAAUCGGCCUCGUCAAUAUGCCCGAGGUCACCGACGACAACUUUGAUUACGAGUCGUACAUCCUGCCCGAGCCGGGAUUUAACCAGAAAAUGUAGGCGUCGAGAAGCGAGAGAUCGAACGUGCAAAUUCAUCCUGAGAAGAAUUCUUGUCGUCUAUUCAAUACACGGUUGAGACGUGA